AUGUCUUUUCAUGCAUAUUUACGAAAAGUGCAAAAAGAGUAUGUAAAGACAACUGGCACCAAUGCCAAAUUUAUUCCACCUCUAGAGGAACCAGAUUACCGUGUCAAGCAGCGUUACUUGAAUGGUCAUGCUCCUUGGCCGGAAG